AAGCGAAGCAGGGAGAAACAUUGCGAUUACACCGGAGCUCCUGUACUGGUGGAGAUGACGGAAGUCAUGCGAUUGUGGAACGACUCCUGAUAGAAGAAAGGAAGAGACGGUGUCAAAUAGAGGUGUCUUUGUACAGCCAGGCUAUUGAACGCAGUUUUAUCAGUAUCCUCCUUAUCCUCACAUCUACAAGUGUGCAGUGACACGCGCCACUGACAUGUGACUGGCACCACCUGAUCCCGCUUCUCCCAGCUUCAUCAAGCGCUUAUCCUUGAAACACACCAAUGACCAUGACGAGCAUCGAACACCUCGACCUCCGCAAAAUCGAUGCCGGCUUAUUCGACGUAUUCGGUACCGUCCUUGACUGGCACAGCACAGUCGCUCGCCAACUCGCCCGCCUUAGCAAAGGACUGCUUCUCGAAGGCUCUCAGGACGCAGUCGAUUUUGCAGAAGAAUGGAGGGCCGGAUACUGUGCUCAUGUCAAAAGAGCAUCUCAAGUCACCAUAUCAUGGGAUGGUAUCUUUGCGUCCGAACUGUUCGGAUCUUACAAACCGAACAAAAAGGUUUACCAAUCUGCAGCAUACCACCUUUCUUUACCUCCUCACAAGAUAGCAAUGGUCGCCACGCACAAGCUCGACCUCAUCGCUGCCUCUAGCGUAGGCUUCAAUACGAUAUACGUACCACGCCCUGCUGAAGAUUCGCGCGAGGUAAGGGAGAGCAUGCGUAGCAAGAAGGACGGCGGUGAGGUGGAUCUUGUCGUUAAAGAUUUUGAGGAGCUAGCGAGGUUGAUACGUGAAGCUCGGUUGGGGCUCGCGUUGGUACGACCUAGACAACUUCUGGCCACUAGCUUGCGUCCACGCUAA